AGAUUUCGGGCAAAUUGAAUUCAAAGUUUGCUGAGCAGAUGUCUGUUCAAUUUAACGUCAAAUUCACGUCAAUUCUUGGUGUACAGAUUUCGGACUAUAAUAUGAGCUCAACAUACUACACUAAUAGACAGAAAGUUGACCGCAAAAACUGCUCUUCAAUCUUAAAAUUCGACUAACCCUUUAAUGAAAUUUUGCCGGUCUGCUCCAGUUGCUUUACUGCCUCAUUACAUCAUGAAAACUACACUGGCAUUGUUCAUUAAGAGAAUCCAAGGAAAUUUAAUUUUAAAACGCCAACUUAAUUGUUGGACUGCUGACAUAACAAAGAAACACCGGAAAAUUUAUGAAAAAACAUAUCCAGCUGUGCUUGUACAUCCCGAUGGUAGUACUGUUAACAUUCAAUAUUUUGAACCACGAAAAAUAAUAAAAUUACCAUUAGAUAUUACAACUCUGUCAGAGCUUGAUCGUAAAUUGAUAUUAGAAAGUAGAAAACCUAAAACUAAAGUUGAAAUCGAAGAUGAAGUUGAGGAUAAUUUUGACGAAAAUAAAUAUCUAAAAAUCGCCAAGAUGUAAUUUUAAAUGAAAUUCUAUUUUAUAUUUUUACAUUUAAAUUAGUUAAUUUAAUCUUACCGAUAAUAUUGUUUCAUGUACAUUGUUUCUUUUUUGCCAUUUUGUUGACCGGAUCCUUUAUUCAAUUGUCAUGAAGCUUAUUGUAAAUAAAAAUGAGAUUAAAAUAAAUGAUUAAAAAUUGUCUUUGAUACUGUAA